AUGAAGAAACUUUGUCUAACCGAAUUGCUUGGAGCACGCCAGCUAGAAAGGUCGCGGAGCGUUAGACGUGAAGAACUUGUUCGGUUUCUGAGAAAAGUGUUAGAGAAGGCUAAAAAAAAUGAGGUUGCAGAUGUGAGUCAAGAUAAUGAUGUUGAAAAGUGUGUAGAUCUGGUGCGAGAAUCCUUUCAGCUAGUGGCUAAGAUGACUUUAGCAAAUCUUUUAGGCCCUUCAAGAAAAAUAGGUAUUUUCUGCUUUCGGAAGCAGCUCUUGGAUGUACCAAGAAGGUUUGAUGAGUUGUUGGAGAGGAUCUUGGAAGAGCAUGAAGAGAGAGCAAGAAGAGAUGGUGGUGACAGAGAAGAUAAAGAUUUGAUGGAUAUUGUCUUGGAAGUAUAUCAUGAUAAAAAUGCAGAGGUUAAGAUAAGCAGGGUUCAAAUGAAAUCCUUCUUUCUGAGGUUCUUGUUGGUCUCCUCCGAAGAAGAGGCUGAUGACAAAAUGGGAAGAAAAGGACAAGACUUCAAUUUUUGGUCCUUUGGUGGGGGGAGGAGAAAGUGCCCUGGUGUAAACUUGGCCUUCAGUUUGAUUAAUGCUACUGUUGCUGCUAUGGUUCAAUGCUUUGAUUGGAAGGUUGAUGGAAAUGGAGAUGUGGCAAAGGUUAACAUGGAAGUCACGUCAGGAGUGACUAUGAGCAUGGCUCAUCCACUUUUGUGUCUUCCCCAGGUUCAUUUCAACCCAUUUGAUACUCCAGUUAAAGAUAAUUAG